CUUGGCAAGAAGAAUCAGUUUGAGAAACAAAUUCUCGCCAACACACCCGCCAGGUUCAUCAAAGGCAACGCGGCUCGAGAGUAUCAACAGGUAUAUAACGCUAGUAUGGCAGUAGGUAACGGCACAGAGGGGCGGCGGGCGAUAGUUUUGAAGGUGCUUGAAAGAAUGCCAGAAAAGGAAAACAUGUUACAGCGUGAACUGAAAUUGCCAUCGGUCUCUCGCUUCGUG